CAGCAGCCAGGGGCAGCUCCUUUUGAACCGGCACCACCAUUUUAAACAUGCGGGGUACCCAAGAUUUCUGACUGGAAACUGCCCACGCCCGCUCUGUCCCGGGACAGACCCGGCGGGGUUCCCGUGUCCCCCCAUGGCCAGCCCGGGCUGUCGCUGUCCCCUGGCACGUGGCGGUGUGUGACACGGGCGCUGCAGGGCGGGGCCGCACCAGGUCCGAGCCAGCCUCGGUGGCCCCGCAGCCGCCGGGCGGGGAGCGCCGCAGGGCACGGGCUGGCCACGGCUCCGGGACCGCCGGGGAGCUGCCUGGGACCAGCUUUGCUCUGCCCCCAAGACUCAGUAUGGAAGCCAUUGCCAAGUUUGAUUUCACUGCUUCUGGAGAAGAUGAGUUGAGCUUCCAGGCUGGAGAUAUGUUGAAGAUUUUGAGCUCCCAGGAAGAGUGGUACAAGGCUGAGCUCAGAAGUCACGAGGGCUACGUUCCUAAGAACUUCAUUGAUUUCCAUGUUCCCCCCUGGUUUGAUGAGAAUAUAUCCCGCCACGAAGCAGAGAACCUUCUCAUGAGCAAAGGAGUCGGCUGCUUCAUCGUCCGAGCCAGUCAGAACUCUCAUGGUGACUUCUCCAUCUCUGUCAGGCAUGAAGAUGAUGUGCAGCACUUCAAAGUGAUGAGGGAUUCAAAGGGUAGCUAUUACUUGUGGACAGAGAAAUUCCACUCGCUAAACAAGCUGGUGGACUACUACAGGACAACUUCCAUCUCCAGGCAGAAGCAGAUCUUCCUAAGGGACAACAGCCAAGAAGAAAAGGAGAGGCGUGGUGGGAGCCUGGAACGGAUAGGUCGGGAAGGAUUCCACGUGGGAGGAGCAGCUGGAGAAGAUCAUUCCUCUAUAUCCACGAGAUAUUUAGAGCACCCUGUUCCCAUACUGCAGCAGCAACAGGAAAGAUAUGGAGGAAGUCUGGACAGGAAUGACAUGAUGCACAGACUAAGGGAACACGGCCAAGGAAGUGCAGGAGCUAUGCAGCGGAGACACACAGACCCUCUGCACCAGCAGACACCACGAACGCUCUGGGUCCGUGCCUUGUACGACUUCGAUGCUCUGGAGCACGACGAGCUCGGCUUCCGCACUGGGGACAUCCUGGAGGUCCUGGACAGCUCCAACCCCUCCUGGUGGAAGGGACGCCUGCGUGGGGAACUGGGGCUCUUCCCUGCCAACUAUGUCACACCAGUGCUGCUGUGAGGGCACAGGAUGGCCCAGAGGGCUCUGCUGGAGCUGCUCUUCUGACGUGACAGGGACAGAGAAGGAGUGCAUCUUCCCUUGCCACCAGGACAUACAUUGUUUUUUGUUUUGUCUUAAUUUAUUGGCAAUUGAUCUUUUGAAAUGUUGGUAUGAAGGAGAACCCUUUGGGGAAGAAAUUUUUUACCCCUUUUUUCACAGUCAUGAAGGGGAGGGAGCAAAAAUCUUGGACUGUUCAUUGAGACUUUGCUGGGUGCUCCCUGCCCUGUCACCUCUUUGGCUAACUAUUGCUAAGCUCCUGCAAUUAGGUUUAUUCUGUGGAAAUGCCCCUCAGGAAAGUCAGACUUCAGGUUAACUUCAGGUAGCCCUAUGCCUUCAUUUUGGAUCUGGUAGCAGUCACAGUCUCUUCAGGCUCCAUUCCACCUUUCUGUCAGAGGCAGGAGGGACACCCAAGUGAAUUAAAUGAUCCUUGGCAACCACAUUAAUCCUUCAGUUAGGGCUUUAGGUUGAGGUUGAGACAAUCUAGACUUUCUUUAAUAGUUUCUGGCUUUCUUCUAGUUUAACUGUUUUCUUAAUAGUUUCUGGCUAACCCAUCUCACACUGUGUGUAUGGAGUGUGUGGAUGUAGCAGAUGAAGGGAAGGAACCCUCUAAGCUUUUGUACAAACAUGCAAGUGGUGAAAGUAUAGGAGGGCAAGAAGCUUCCUUUGCUUCUUCUCGUAGGCCUGCUCUUCUCUCUGUACCCCCUAACAAACUUACCCAUUUUCAAGCUGCUCUCUUGGGUACCUACACUUCAGCUAGACAGCCUGAUUAGAGCAGAUCAGGCCCCUCAGCUAAAUUAGUAUCCACUGGAUUGGAUAACAGUUAAUAUCCCUCACUGGUUCCUUUUGUAGAACUAAACUGGGGAGGGAUUGGAGAGUUUUCUCUGGUGCUGUGCUGAGGAUCACCAUGUACACAACUCUGGCUUACUAGAGAAAUGUCUCAUCCAACAGGUUAAGCUGUUAUUUUACAGUAUGCAGAGAAUAAAGCUGUAGCCAUCUAAUAGUCUAUUCUCUAUCCUAGUUUCUUUUGGAUAAAAUAAGGUAAAUUAAUAGGUUUUCAAAUAACUGCUGAGUGAAUGCCUAGAUGUGGUACAAAUUUAUUGCAAAUUGCACAUUACCUGUCCCCUUCACAAGCCCUGUGAUGGGGACUCUGCUGCAUAACCACUGCUCAGGCAUGUUCAUUUGAAACAAGCUGCCUGAAUUUUUCACCACAUGUGGGACCUCAGCAGUCAGCAAGGAGAAGUGAUGAUUAAUCAUUAUUGAAAAAGAAAGAAUAGGCAAGUGAAAACCUCUAAACAAAAAUCCGACUCAGCAACAACAACAACAAAAAGUUAUUCUCUUUUGUUAGUCCCAGUGGAAGAAAAAGAACCCAGGAAAUAGGUUCUUGGGAAGGCAAAUUCAAUGUAGCUGGCCUGAAUAAAGCUGCCAGCUAGACAGAGUAUCAGCACAAAGAACCCAUUUUGAGAGAACUCCACCAAAAGCAGAUUGUUAAUGGGUGAAGUAAAACGAGAAUAUUUAACAAGGCAUAUCAGCUCUAUAGAAAACUUUGAAGACUCAGUAAGAAUUGACUGGCUACCACAGUGGUCCAGGGAGUACAACUGCCUGGGCUGGAAGUGGCCCUGUUCUCUUGCAGGAGCUCUGCUCUGGCCCUUUAGUGUCUUCUUCUGAAGGGAAGUCCAUGAGGCUUCUUUUGGAACAAGAUCCCUUACCAUUUGUGUGAGGGUGUACCCUCAAUGACUCCAGUUUGAAGAGUGGUUUGGUGUGAUUUUAUCCUUUUUGUGUGUUGGCUGGUUUUUUGCUAAGGUAGUAAUAAAUUUGAAAAUGACAGGGUUAAUACUCAGUGAGGGAGAGGGAGAGCAUUAAGGCCAAGAGGAGAUGGAACCAAGAAACUAGAGCCUAACAAAGGCAAGGGAGGGAUAAAAAUGAUGACUCUUUCAUAUUCAGCUCUGGCUGAAACAAAAUAAAUGGUGUAUUCACAAUUAUUCCCAUCAUGUCAAAUAAUCUUUCAAUUAAUUCCCUUUUUUCUGUAUUAGUUGCUCUUAAAAUUAGAAGCAUUGUCUCCUUUUCCUUUCCUCAGCACUCUAAAGACCCUCUUGGUAGUGAAGAUGUAGUUGCACAAAAUUAAUUGAAGAUAAUGCACUUAGCAGUUUGAUAGCUCUUCAUGCAUUUGAAACCCCUUUACAGAGAUUAACUAAUUAAGCAAGUCUAAGUGUGCAGUGUAAGUACCCCCGUGCUAACUCAUGACUCAUUUGAGGAAGAGGUAAAUUUUCAGGGGAUUUUUUGAAUUGAUGUUUAAGGAACUAAUACCUAAGGUAAUUAGCAUUAAAGGACUGCACACUAAUUAUGGACAUCAUACCAGAACCACAGUGAAAUCAGGAUUUCUCAUUAUGAGCAGCACCUAAUGACAGCAGAAUUACCAGGAGGUGACAGCCUCACGGCAUCUGUGAUAAUUCCUCCAGUGCCUUGCUCUGCUGCCCUGAGCAGGGGCCGAGCUCGGGGCUGCCUUGCCCAGUCUCUCUUGCCUCUGCUUUUGGCCUUGCAGUGCUCCCGUGCAGGUGCUGCACAUGGCAGGAGCUGGGAGGCACAGGGGUCAGCCUGCAUCUUUGUACCCUCCCACAGUAAAAGUCAUUUUUCUCCCAGCAAAAGAGCAAUGCUAAGGAUUGUGGCCAUUCCCAAGUCAUCUGGAGACUCCAGAUACAAGGGGAGGUGUGGGCAAAGUGGGGAAUUUUGGGGGGAUACAAGGGGCUGUAGAAUGGAGACAUUUUCUGUGUCCCAUGCUGUUUUCUGCCCAUGAAAUUAUCUCUCUCAUUGAUCAGGCCACUUCAUAAGGAAAGAGAGAGACACUCCUCCCCUCUAACCACAUAGCCUGCCCACCUUCCUGCUCUUUCUUCCAACAGGUUUUAAUUGUAGCACAAUCCUCACUAACAUUGUGGUGAUUCAUUUACACCUCAGAGCCUGUUGCCCAUGCAAGAGGCACAUAUUAGCAACCUAGGACUGGAGCCUUCAGGUGACAGUGCUGCACUGACCUUACCUGACAUUUGCCAGUGUUUUGGAAAGAACCAAAUCUGUGCCAGGAACACAUCCCAAGAGAGUCCACUGUGAAACCAAAAUGGGAAGGGAUAAAGAGGAAAACCAGAAGAGUACUUUGUUUCUUGUUUUUCUUAAGCAAGAAAGACAGUUCAUGAGAGAAGAGAACGUAAACUAAGAUAAAAGUAGGAAAAGUAUGUGGGAAGGCAAAUAUUGCACAUAAAAAAGAGGAAGCUGGACUUGUACAUGGUAAAAUAGGUUUGAUGAGCACAGCUGAGCUGUGCUUUCUCCUGUCUGAAUGAACUUUUUGCCUAUGUUCUGCUGCAAAUCCAUAUUUUGCUUGGAAAUGUCUCUGUGAUUAAUAAGGCUGAGCUAAAAAGAGUAAAUGGAAAUUUCUUUUGAUGUGAAA